AUGGCUGCUUACUCAAAAACCGCAAUCUUAUCUGUUUAUGAUAAAACAGGAUUAUUAGAUCUUGCCAAAGGUUUAGUUCAAAACAAUGUUCGUAUAUUAGCUUCUGGUGGUACUGCUAAAUUAGUUCGUGAAGCUGGAUUCCCAGUUGAUGACGUUUCAGAAAUCACACACGCGCCAGAAAUGUUGGGUGGUAGAGUUAAAACCUUACAUCCAGCUGUUCAUGGUGGUAUUUUAGCUAGAAAUCUUGAAUCUGAUGAAAAAGAUUUAAAAGAUCAACAAAUUGAAAAAGUUGACUUCGUUGUCUGUAAUUUAUAUCCAUUCAAAGAAACAAUUUCCAAAAUUAGUGUUACAAUUGAUGAAGCUGUUGAGGAAAUUGAUAUUGGUGGUGUGACUUUAUUAAGAGCUGCUGCUAAAAAUCAUUCAAGAGUUACAAUUUUAUCGGAUCCUAAUGAUUAUUCCAGCUUUUUGGAAGAGUUGAAAGAUGGUGAAGUCUCUGAGUCAUUAAGAAAUAAGUUAGCUUUAAAAGCUUUUGAACAUACAGCUGAAUAUGAUGCUACAAUUUCAGAUUUUUUUAGAAAACAAUAUUCUGAAGGUCAAUCUCAAUUACCUUUACGUUAUGGUGCCAAUCCACAUCAAAGACCUGCACAAGCUUAUGUUCCAAAAGGUGAUUUACCUUUCAAAGUCUUGAGUGGUUCUCCAGGUUAUAUCAACUUAUUAGAUGGUUUGAACUCAUGGCCAUUAGUCAAAGAAUUAUCAGCUUCAUUAAACUUACCAGCUGCUGCUUCAUUCAAACAUGUCUCCCCAGCAGGUGUUGCAGUUGGUUUACCAUUGUCUGAUGUCGAAAAGGAAAUUUAUUUUGUUAAAGAUAUUGAAAACUUAUCACCAUUGGCUAAUGCUUAUGCUAGAGCUAGAGGAGCUGAUAGAAUGUCAUCCUUUGGUGAUUGGAUUGCAUUAUCAAACAUUGUCGAUUUACCAACUGCUCAAAUAAUUUCAAAAGAAGUUUCAGAUGGUGUUAUUGCACCAGGUUAUGAACCAGAAGCUCUUGAAUUAUUGAAAAAGAAAAAAGGUGGUAAAUAUUGUGUUUUACAAAUUGAUCCAAAUUUCACUCCAGAUUUAUUAGAAACUAGACAAGUUUAUGGUAUUACCUUACAACAAAAAAGAAAUGAUGCCAUCAUUAAUAAAUCUACAUUUAAAGAAAUUGUUUCAAAAAAUAAAGAUCUUCCAGAGCAAGCCGUAAUUGAUUUAACAGUCGCAACUAUUUCUUUGAAAUAUACACAAUCAAACUCUGUUUGUUAUGCUAAGAAUGGUAUGGUCAUUGGUUUGGGUGCUGGUCAACAAUCAAGAAUCCAUUGUACUAGAUUAGCAGGUGAUAAAGCUGAUAACUGGUGGUUUAGACAACACCCAAGAGUUUUAGGUUUCAAAUGGGCCAAAGGUGUUAAAAGACCAGAAAAAUCCAAUGCUAUUGAUCUUUUCGUUACUGGUCAAAUUCCAACUACUGAACCAGAAAAAUCAGAAUAUGAAUCUAAAUUUGCUGAAAUUCCUGAACCAUUAACAGAAAAAGAAAGAGCUGAAUGGUUAUCCAAAUUGAAGAAUGUUGCUUUAUCAUCAGACGCAUUUUUCCCAUUCCCAGAUAAUGUUUAUAGAGCUGUUAGAUCAGGUGUCAAAUAUAUUGCUGCACCAUCUGGUUCAGUUCAAGACUCAGCUGUUUUUGCAGCUGCUGAUUCAUUUGAUUUAGUUUACUUAGAAAACCAAAUUCGUUUAUUCCACCAUUGA